AUGCAUUUACAGUAUUCUUACAGUUUGGCCACGUUCUCACCAGAAGGUCGGCUGUUCCAGAUCGAGUACGCCAUCGAGGCCAUCAAGCUCGGAUCCACCGCCAUCGGGAUACAGACAUCAGAAGGUAUAGUGUUGGCGGUAGAGAAGCGCAUCACCUCCCCAUUGAUGGUGUCCACCAGUGUUGAGAAGAUAGUUGAAGUGGACAGUCACAUCGGCUGUGCUGUCAGCGGGCUGGUCGCAGACUCCCGAACCAUGAUCGAUAAGGCUCGCGUUGAGGCACAGAAUUACUGGUUCACAUACAACGAGCAGAUGUCGGUGGAGAGCGUCUGCCAGGCGGUGGCGAAUCUCGCCAUCCAGUUCGGCGAGGAGGACCCGGAUCCCGGCGCCAUGAGCCGGCCGUUCGGCGUGGCGCUGCUGGUCGCCGGGAUCGACGAGAAGGGGCCGCAACUCUUCCACAUGGAUCCCUCAGGCACAUAUGUACAGUACGAUGCAAAGGCUAUAGGCUCCGGGUCAGAGGGCGCCCAGAGUUCACUACAGGAGGUCUAUCACAAGUCUAUGACUCUUAAAGAAGCUCUAAAGUCCGCCCUGACCAUCCUGAAGCAGGUGAUGGAGGAAAAGCUGAACUCCACGAACGUCGAGGUCGCCACGAUCACGCGGGAAAAACGGUUCCACAUGUUCAGCAAGGAGGAGGUCGAGGAGGUCAUCAAGGACCUCUAGGGGUCAGGGGUCAAAGUGCAGCUGUAGAUAUUGUGGUACACUGUUCUGUUAUGGUGGGAGGGGGGUUGAUAUUGUAGCACAGUUCUGUUAGAGUGGGGGGCUGGUAAUGGGCAAUAAGCAUUUUCAUGGUUCUGAGUAUGCAUGUGCAUCAACAGGAAAUGUGGAUAAUAUGUCAAAGGUGAAAGCCCCUGAGACAUAAACAAAGUACAUCAUUUGUUAUGAAAAUCAAGACAUGAGAACUGUUUACAAGUCAGGGGCCUUUACCUUUGACAACAAUUGCAAUACCUGUCUCUGCACAAGCGUACUCGAAACUGAGACUGUGCUUGUAAGAUGUAACAACAUUAGUAAAUGUAAAGAUAUCAAUGAAAUUUUCUGUAUGUUAUACAGUCUUUAUACAUUUACUUGAUAAAAGUUCAACUUUGACACACACAUCCCAUAAUGCCUUGUUACUUUGCAAAUCUUUAUUGAUGCCUGUUGAAGGAGGAAUAAAAGCAUGGUUGAACAUGA